AUGCCUCCCAGACUCAACACAGGGCCGGAUGGAACCCUCAACCUCCCCCAUUUGCGACACGAUCAUUCCCAUAACCCUCCCUUGAGCGCAACCACAUGCGAUUCCAACAUUUCAGAUUAUAUCGGUAGUGGUACCAGCAGCCCUGGACGGAGCCCCGGGCUCGACCAGCGCCUGGCCGAAUUUGAUGCAUUGCGAUCCGCCGACGACGACUACUUCAAACACGAUUACGACGACCAAGACGACGAAAUGGACAGCCAACGUCCCCCCCUCCUUCGAAAUCACAACUCCCGCUCCGGGCAACCUCUUCUAAACGCAAAGGACGACGAAGAUGACGACCACCGCGGCAGGAGCUAUUCCACUCGCUCUCGAGGAGCCAGCCCCUUGCUGACCCCGAGUCGACCGGCCUUCUCUCGAGGUUCGACCAUGCGAGCCCACUCUCCCUCGACCGUCACAGCGAACGCUCGAAGAAAAUACAUCAUUGCGGCCUUCGUCCUGCUUAUCAGCUUAGUAUCCUUCGUCAUCCAGACCGAGUUGUCAGCAUACAUCCAGCAGGAACUGCACUGGGACAAGGCUUACUGCAUGCUCUACCUGACCCAUGGCUCCUGGGUGAUGCUGUGGCCUGUCCAGCUGCUGUUCCUGCGAUUCAAUAAGCGCAAAGUCUCUUGGGCAUCCUUCUGGCGACGACACACUGAGCUGCUUCACACCACCGCCGUCAUGGUCCAGAGACAGGACCUCGACUAUGCACGACCCAGCCCGCAGCCCCGCGUCUCCCCGUGGACUUAUAUCAUCAAGACCACGGCCUUCGUUACGUCUGCUCUGACUAUUGGUGGCUUGAGCUGGUAUGUCGCUGUGAACUUGACAACUCCCUCCGAUUUGACGGCCAUCUACAACUGCUCUGCUUUCUUCGCCUACGUCUUCUCUGUUCCGCUGCUGAAGGAGCCUCUACGCCUCGACAAGUCUCUUGCCGUCAUCGUGGCCAUUGCUGGUGUUUUGAUCGUCGCAUACGGUGACACUAGUCCCGGCGAGGACGAUGCCGCUCAUCAGCAGGCGGCCGGGAACCGUGUCACUGGCAAUCUGAUCAUCGGUGUUGGAUCCGUCCUCUACGGUCUCUACGAGGUUCUUUACAAGCGAUAUGCUUGCCCGCCUGAAGGCUGUAGCCCUAACCGCGGCAUGAUCUUCGCCAACACGUUCGGUUCCUGCAUCGGUCUUUUCACGCUUACGGUGCUGUGGAUUCCGCUUCCCAUUCUGCACUGGACUGGUAUUGAGAAAUUUGACUUGCCGACGGGAUACACGGCUUGGAUGCUUUUCUGCAGUGUCGUUAUGAAUGCGACUUUUGCCGGCAGCUUCCUGGUCUUGAUCAGUCUGACGAGCCCUGUUUUGUCCAGUGUCGCCAGUCUGCUGACAAUCUUCAUCGUUGCCAUUACCGACUGGCUGCGCACUGGCGAGCCACUCAGCGCUGCAGCUCUCAUCGGCGGUGUCAUGAUUAUGAUCGCAUUCGGCAUGUUGAGCUGGAGUACAUGGCGAGAGAUGACCGAAGCCGAAGCGCACAAGGCAGUCGACCUCACCGAUAGCGGCGAUGAUAGUGAAAGGGAACGCGAGGACUAG